GCCUGAGAUAGCCACAUUAAAUCGGCCUUCUUUUCUUUUCCCGUUUCCGUGAGGAGUAAAUACGAGAAUACAUACGGCAAAAUGUCGCUCGUCAUCCCAGAGAAGUUCCAGCACAUCCUGCGUAUUAUGAAUACGAACAUCGAUGGCAAGCGCAAGGUUGGAAUUGCCAUGACCGCCAUCAAGGGAGUUGGUCGUCGCUACUCUAACAUUGUGCUGAAGAAGGCCGAUGUCGAUCUAACCAAGCGCGCCGGUGAAUGCACCGAGGAGGAGGUCGAAAAGGUGGUCACCAUCAUCUCGAACCCCCUGCAGUACAAGGUGCCCAACUGGUUCCUUAACAGGCAGAAGGACAUCAUUGAUGGCAAGUACUGGCAGCUGACCUCCUCCAACUUGGAUUCCAAGCUGCGUGACGAUUUGGAGCGUCUGAAGAAGAUCCGCUCCCACCGUGGUCUGCGUCACUACUGGGGCCUCCGUGUCCGUGGCCAGCACACCAAGACUACCGGUCGCCGUGGUCGCACCGUGGGUGUGUCCAAGAAGAAGUAAGCUGUUACGUUCCCUGCCGGAUAUCCGAAUCUACUUUUAGUUUCACAUGAACCACAAAAUAAAAGAAAACACGGAAGCCGGAACGUUUUAGUGCGGAGUAUAA